GAUUUGGGUGGGUUAAAUAAAUCUGUGGUUGCUUUCUGGAACCUUCUUCAACGCGUGCCGCAAACUUGGCGUGAAAAUCUCCGUUUGUUUUUGCAGAAGCACAGGUUCUCUGCGUCAGCCAUGGCCGAUGACUUCGAGUUCGCAGAUAAAGUUCCUCCUUCCUUCGAUCGCGUGGGAAAUGUGAUCAAGGAUUCCGGAUCCCAUGGAUUCAACCCAGGCUUAAUUGUCCUCCUGGUCGUUGGUGGUUUGCUGUUAACAUUCCUCAUUGGAAAUUACGUGCUCUAUACGUAUGCACAGAAGACCCUCCCUCCUAGAAAAAAGAAGCCUGUUUCAAAGAAGAAGAUGAAGAAGGAGAGACUGAAGCAAGGUGUCUCUGCACCAGGAGAGUAGACUCUGGACUCACUUAAUGCUCCAUGUUUUAAAUUGUACUAUUUAGAUAAACUUUUUUCGUUCUGUGGUGUCUUGCAUGACGUUGAUUUUCAUCUUUCUUUCCUGUGUAUUUACUGAGAGAAAGCUUAGCCACAUAAAUUAGUGCUUUAGUAAUAUAUUUGGGACAGGCUAUUUCAUGGUUAAAUUAUCAUUUUGCUUCCCCACUGGUUA